AUGAUGGUUCCAGAAAAGUUAGGUGGACAGCCCAAAACGUCAAAGGCCUCAGAUGGAAAUGAAAAUAUAACUAACGAGAUUAAUGGACACAACUCAAAAUUUGCCAAUGGGCAUCAUGAGGAUCUUCUUAAUUUUAAACCCCCAAGAAUAGGCAGUUCAGUGAGUCCUCCGGACUCGUUCCGUACUGCUGCUAGCUCAAUAUCAUCGAGUAUUCAUACAGUACCGGCCCUAACGUCACCGACAUUGAGCAGUCAUUACGACAUUUUAUCGCCGAAAAUCAAACCUUCCAACUUAUCUUUGGCAUUUAAAAAAGAGAAAACCCAGGAAUUGAAAGUAGAAACAAAGAAGGUAGAUAAUAAUAAUAAUACGAUACAAAACGGGAGCGAAACACCAAAUGGCACAAGUGACUCGAGCUCACCAGAUGGAAAUGAUCAAAUAAUUAAAAAUCUUGAAAAAGAGUGUUCAGAAUUGCAGCUGGAAUAUUAUCGUCUCAAAGAUGAAAUCAUGUCACUUGAAGGGUAUGAUGUGGAAGAAAUCUCCAAUACAGAUCAUGAUGAAGACUGCAGUGGUGACGAAGAAGAGCUUGAGAAGUGCAAGGAUUUAAAACACGAAGAAGACUUGAAAGAUUAUUGCAAUGGUGGUUACCAUACUGCUUAUAUCGGCGAAUAUUACCAUGAUGGAAGAUAUGUAUUAGUACGGAAGCUUGGAUGGGGCCAUUUUUCAACAGUUUGGUUGGCCAAAGAUUUGAAAUCCAACAAACAUGUGGCGAUCAAGAUUGUGAGAUCGGCAAAGAAUUACACAGAAACCGCGAUUGAUGAGAUCCACUUGCUCCGAAAAUGUACCGAAGGUGAUCCAAACAAUUUGGGGUACCAUAAAGUGAUUCAUUUGCUCGAUAGUUUUUAUCACGUUGGGCCUCAUGGAACUCAUGUGGUGAUGGUAUUUGAAGUAUUGGGGGAAAGUAUGCUUGACUUGACCAGAAGAUAUAAAGCCGGGGUUCCGAUAAUCUACGUCAAACAAAUCGCCAAACAAUUACUAUUGGCGCUAGAUUAUUUACACCGACAAUGUGGGAUUAUUCACACCGAUUUGAAGCCGGAAAACAUUUUGUUUGAAAUCAAGAAUGUCGAAGAGAUUGCGGUUUUCACAGGGUUAUUAGAAGAAAAAAUAUUUUUGGACAAGAAAAUCACGAAACUCAAAGGCAAGAAAGACGAAAUGGAAAAAGAUUUAGCGUUCACCAACCAGAAAUCUUUAUCUGAUAUGUUAUCAAUAUCGAUUCCUCGGAAAAAUCGCGAUCCAACUGGAGACCUUGCUGAAGAUGGGAUCAACUCAGUGUUUCUUACCAGGAGUGCAAGAAGUCAUUCCAUAAUCACCGGAUCGAAACCAUUGUCGGUAUCCGUUAGCAAGUCUAACAUUCUCACAAAUGAUAAACAAGGGAUUUCUGGAUCAUUUGCAUCGAUGUCAAUCUCUACAGCUGACAAUGGACCAGGUCCUCGCAGUGUGAUUUCCGCCUCGACCCUUCCCAUCUCUCCAAAACCAGUGACCAUCGAUGACUCCAAUAGAGAUUUGUACACUUUAAACAUCAAGAUCGCCGACUUGGGUAAUGCUUGUUGGUAUAAUGGGCAUUUUACUGAAGAUAUCCAAACACGAGAAUAUAGAUCUCCAGAAGUACUACUCGGUGCUCGUUGGGGGUGUGCUGUUGACGUGUGGUCUGCGGCUUGUAUUAUAUUUGAACUAUUGACGUGUGAUUAUUUAUUCGAACCACAUGAAAGUCGGUCUUAUUGUAAAGAUGACGACCAUAUUGCGCAAAUCAUUGAACUUUUGGGAACCUUCCCAAGUGCGUUAAUGAAACAAGGGGUUCACACCCUAGAGUUUUUCAAUUCCCGAGGGGAGCUUCGAAGAAUCAGUGAGUUGAAACCUUGGGAUUUGAAGAGUAUCCUAAAAGAGAAAUACCAGUUUGGUGAUGAAGCAGAAGAAAUUAGUGAUUUUCUUUUACCUAUGCUUCAAUUGAAUCCAGAGCUUAGAGCAGAUGCUGGGGGGAUGGUAAAUCACCCAUGGUUGAAAGACACGGUGGCAAUGGAGAAUAUAAUAGUCGCUGAUAGAGUACUUAAAGGAUCAGGUAAUGAUAUUGCUGGUUGGAGUAGAGAAGUUAGGGCUGAUAGAUUUGACUAA